AUGAGUUACAUUUUACGAAGAUUAAAGUACCUCAUUACCAGGGGCUUUCCCGACGAGUAUUUUAAGAUGGUAUUAGUGGUGAGAAGUGAUAUUGCAAUGAGUCGCGGAAAGAUAGCAUCCCAGUGUGCUCACGCUGCUGUAGAGUGUGUGCAACGAUUCGGAAGUGGAAAGAUUGAUAAAAAAAUUCUCGACACCUGGUUCUUUAUGGGACAACCGAAAAUUGUCCUGAGGAUUACUAGCGAAGAGAAACUUAAGGAUUUGGCUGAUGAAGUCAAGGCUCGGGGACUUACUGCCGUUGUUAUCAGGGAUGCUGGCAAAACUCAACUGCAGCCUGGGACUAUUUCAGUUCUGGGUAUUGGUCCUGGACCUAAUAGUGUCGUGGACGAGCUCACUUCACAUCUGAAAUUACUUUGACAUGUAUGAAAAGAAAUUGUUGGUGAAUAUAUUGUUUGUUUGGUUAA